AUGCCCGCCGUGAGUUAUCAUUCAGGGCCUGAUCAGUUUAUACUGGGUAACGCUGAUGAGAGAACAAGAAGUUUGUGCUAUCAGGAGACUGGAGAAGCGGUGGCUUGGAUUAUGCAUACACCUUCGAAGACUCGCCUACGUGGAUCCCCUCUAGAGCGGCCGGGAUAUGUGAAUUACUUCCGGGACGACACAAGGGAUGGAGUGACAAGCGACAAGUGGAAAUGGACGAUGGAUAUCAUUUAUCUUUUGGACGAUCCAAAAGUACGGCCCAUUCAAGUCCCGGUGUCCAAGCCUAUAACCUUCGACGAUUUGAAGAGAUCAAAAUAUGGCAUGGAUGCUCCGCUGUUCUGA